AUGGGGGAAAAAAAAAUUGCUGCUUCUCUUUCCCCCAGUUCCAAGCGGGACGCCUAUGAUCGCGUUUAUUUUGCACGCGUAUUAGUGCAGCAGGCGCUUGGGUGGAGGAGAUGUGCGACAGGCCUCGACUUGUCUGUACUCUAUCGUUUACCGGCGCAAAGCCUACCUGCAAACGAGCUAGCGACCUUGCUUUAUGUAACCUCGGCACAGGAGCCCAAGUAUGCCAUUGCCCAAACACAAUGCUACUGGUUCGCCACAACUGUGUUUGACGCUCUCAAGAUGCUAUACAAGGGUUCCGAGCAAGAUCCCAUGCCCCAUCUGGGGGGUACAAUCUGUGGGGUACCGGUUGAUUUCAAGGCAAGCAGGGAAGAGAAAAAGGAACAGAGGCAGCGAGAACGUGAACAACGCCAGGCCGUGGAGGAAGCCAUGAAAAGGGCGGAGGAGGAAAGGCGUGCAGCUGAGGAAGGAGCACAGGCAGCAGAGGAGGAAAGGUAGAAAGAAUGCCAGGCCACAGAGGAAGCUGCAAAAUGGGAACGAGCAAUGUGAUCUGGCCGAGGAAAGGGCAUGGGCAGCGGAAGAAACAAAUGCGAAGUUUUCCAGUUCUUG